CGUCUGUAAAAAGGACCCUGGCAUCCGGUCCCCCCAACCUCCGCCCUCCCCUGGGACCCCGCGGCCUCCCGCCCACGACUUUUCCCAGCCCUGCCCCUGGCCCUGCGCUGCAGCCUGAUCCUCGACGUUCCCAGGAUCCCUGAACCAGACUGGACUCCUCCUGGCUUCUGGGACGCUGGCUGUUUUCAGUCUUCUUUGUCUCAACCGUUCCAUCUGCCUUUCUAGGGUUUCUUCUUGUCCCCUUCCUGUCACUUUGCUUGUGUCUCACUCAUUAGUUACUCCCAAGGGAGUAACUUCCUGGAUUUUUAGACUGACUUCCUAAUUCCCAGCACUACAUCUUUUGAGUUUAGGGGCAGCAAAAGGGUCCUGUACCCAAGAAAGGGGGGGGGUGGUCUGUCUACAGGUCGCUGCUGUGCCAUUCAGCCAUGCCUGAAAGAGCCCGAGGACUGAGCCUGGCCAAACCCAGCCCAAGCCUCGGGUGUGGCCACAGAGGAGAAGCGUGUGACUGCUCAGCUGUGUGUGACACUCGGACAGCCCCUGCAGCCCCCGUCAUGGCCUCCCUCCGAGCUUCUGGGAGCUCCACCUCACUGAGCACAGUAGGCUCUGAAGGGGAGCCAGCCCCAGGGCCUACCCCAGCCUGCUCAGCCUCCAGGCCAGAGCCCCUGCCAGGACCCCCCAUCCGCCUACACCUGUCGCCUGUGGGACUCUCAGGCUCCGUGAAGCCCUCCCGACUGGAGCGUGUGGCCCGUGAGAUCGUGGAGACAGAGCGGGCUUAUGUCCACGACCUCCGUACCAUUGUAGAGGACUACCUAGGCCCCCUGCUGGAUGGUGGGGUUCUGGGGCUGAGCAUGGAGCAGGUGGGCACGCUUUUUGCCAACGUUGAAGACAUCUACGAAUUCAGCAGUGAGCUCCUGGAGGACUUGGAGGGUAGCAGCAGUGCAGGGGACAUUGCCCAGUGCUUCGUGCAGAGGAGCGAGGAUUUUGACAUCUACACCUUGUACUGCAUGAACUAUCCAAGCUCCCUGGCCCUACUCCGGGAGCUGUCCCUGUCUCCGCCCGCUGCCCUGUGGCUGCAGGAGCGCCAAGCCCAGCUCCGGCACUCGCUACCCCUGCAGAGUUUCCUGCUGAAACCAGUGCAGCGCAUCCUUAAGUACCAUCUACUACUGCAGGAACUUGGCAAGCACUGGGCGGAGGGCCCGGGUGCUGGAGGCCGUGAGAUGGUGGAGGAAGCUAUUGUGUCCAUGACAGCUGUGGCCUGGUACAUCAACGACAUGAAACGCAAGCAGGACCAUGCUGCGCGCCUCCAGGAAGUACAGCGGCGGCUGGGUGGCUGGACCGGCCCGGAGCUCAGUGCGUUUGGGGAGCUGGUGCUGGAAGGUGCCUUCCGAGGGGGCGGAGGGGGUGGCCCCCGACUUCGAGGGGGUGAGAGGCUCCUGUUCUUGUUCUCUCGAAUGCUGCUGGUGGCCAAGCGCCGGGGACCGGAAUACACCUACAAGGGACAUAUUUUUUGCUGCAACCUGAGUGUGAGCGAGAGUCCUCGCGAUCCUCUAGGGUUUAAGGUGUCUGAUCUGACCAUUCCCAAGCACAGGUACCUGCUCCAGGCCAAGAACCAAGAAGAGAAGCAGCUAUGGAUUCACUGUCUCCAGCGCCUCUUCUUUGAGAACCACCCUGCCUCCAUCCCUGCCAAGGCAAAGCAAGUUCUUUUGGAAAACAGCCUGCAUUGUGCUCCAAAAAGCAAGCCUAUUCCAGAGCCCCCCACGCCCCCACUCGGGUCUCCCCGACCAAGAGAUGGUAGAAGCUUCACCCCUGGCCGAAGGAACACAGCUCCGUCUCCAGGACCCUCUGGUAGUCGCCGUGGUCGCAGGCCGUCUGAGCCAGUGAAGGACCCUUACGUCAUGUUUCCACAGGACGCUAAGCCUGGAUUCAAGCACGCCGGCAGUGAAGGAGAGCUGUACCCCCCCUUGGAGUCACAGCCACCAGUUUCAGUUUCUGGACCCCCUGAGGACCCAGAGGAUGCUGGGCCCCCCUCGCUGGACCCCUCAGGGACCUCCAUCACCGAGGAGAUCCUGGAGUUGCUGAACCAGAGGGGUCUCCACGAUGCAGGGCCGGUCACCCACGAUAUUCCCAAGUUCCCUGGAGACUCUCAGGUGCCAGGCGACAGCGAAACUGUCACAUUCCAAGCCCUGCCCAGCAGAGACUCUUCUGAAGAGGAGGAGGAGGAAGGGGAGGAGGAGGAAGAGCUGGAGCUGGAUGAACGGGAGCCCUCCCCACUCCACGUCUUAGAGGGUCUGGAAGGUUCCAGCACCGCUGAAAUACCCGACAUUCCCUGCCUUGCCAAGAUUCCUGAUUCAGUCACCCUCCCUGCCAUUCCCGAAGUUCCCCGCCUCCCCAGUCUCUCUGACAUUCCCGGUGUUUCUGAAAUGCCAUGCCUUCCAGCAAUGCCUAGUGUCCCCGACCUUCCCAGUCUGUCCAGCCCUCCCACCCUGCCUGGUGACUCCUGGCUGCCAGGACCUCUGCAGGAGUCAGCUGAGGCUCUGGCCACCAGGAGAGAACCAUUUUGUGCAAGCAGUCCUGGGACACUGGGCGAGCCCGCCCUGGGAAGCAGAGUAGGGCAGGAGGAAGAGGGAGGAGGACUGUCCUUCCCAGCUUUCCAGCUUCAGGAUGUCACUGGAGCCCAGGGAUUCCCAGAUGAGCAGGAAUUUCGAUCUUGCUCAGAAAUCCGGAGUGCCUGGCAGGCAUUGGAGCAGGGGCAGCUGGCCCGGCCAGGCUUCCCAGAGCCCCUGCUGAUCCUGGAGGACUCGGAUCUGGGUGGAGGUGGCGGGAGUGGGAGGGCAGGAGUUCCGCAUUCAGAGAGGGCAGCGUCCCGGGUUCGAGAGCUGGCUCGGCUCUACAGCGAACGGAUCCAGCAGAUGCAGCGGGCUGAGACGCGGGCAUCGGCCAAUGCUCCCCGCCGCCGACCCCGGGUCCUGGCCCAACCCCAGCCAUCCCCCUGCCCACCCCAGGAGGAGGCUGAGCCAGGGUCCCUGCCUGCCUUUGGACACGUGCUAGUGUGUGAAAUGGCCUUCCCACUGACCUGUGCCCAGGAAUCUGUUCCUCUGGGCCCUGCUGCUUUGGUUCAAGCUGCCACACCUUUGUCUAAGCAGGGAGGCCACCUGGAUGGCCCCAGUGUAAAUGUUCCACAUUUGCCUCAGCAAGACCAUAUGGGCAGCCACAUUCAGCCUCCUGUGCCUGAGCAAGGAGACUUCUGGGACAACCAGGCUCCAGCUACAUCACCUUUGCCCAAACAAGAAGGCCCUCCAGACGUUCAGGUUCCAGCUGUUUCAACUUUGCCUGAUCAAUGCCAGCCACAGAGCCAAGUUCCGUCUCCCACCUGCCUUCCUGAGCAAGGAUGCCACACGGACGUUGAAAUUCCAGCCACCACAGUGUUGCCCAAACAGAGAGGUUCUGGCAUCGUGGUUCUAGCUAUCACCCCUUUGCCCAAGCAAGAAGGCCACCCAGACAGCCAGAGCCCAACCAAUAGCCCAGAGACUCAGCAAGGGGACUGCAAGGAUGAUAAGGGACCAGCCCCUGUCUGUGACCAAGCCGUCAGCCAUUCACCAAUGUGCAGAAUCAGCAUGGACCACCAGAUCCCAGCCACGCCCCCACUGCCCUUGUCACGUGAUCUCCCAGACACCCAGUGUCCAGAUGUAUCCUCUCUGUCUACACAUGGAAGACACCUGGACUGUCACAUGCCAGCCAGCACUUCAUUGUCUUGGUCAGAAGACCUCCCAGACAUUCAGAGACCAGCCAACAUCCCCUUGCCCCAGCCAGAAGGCCUUACGGAUACCAGGGUCCAAGCCCUCCCACCUUUGCUCAAGCAGGAAGGCCCCCCAGAUACCCAAGGUCCAGCUGCUACCUUGCUUCUUCAGGAGGGCUGCCUCACAGACACUCAGGCCUCCCAAGCCAUACCUUUGUUGGCCCACCACCCAGACCACCAUCUUCUGGCCACCACAUCUUUGCCUGAGCAAGGAGGCUCUCAGGACCUUCACAACCUGUUACCCACUCCAGUUCAAACCACCAUGGUCUUACCCAAACUAGGAGGCCCUUUGGUCUCUAAUUUGGCAAGGUGUGAGUCUGCAGACUUGACCCCACCGCACAGCCCCCCGCCCCCCACUCGUCAGCUCCUGGGCCCCAAUGCAGCCGCCCUGUCCAGGUACUUGGCAGCCUCCUACAUCAGCCAGAGCCUGGCUCGGCGGCAGGGGCCUGCAGGGGAGGUCCCCCUAGUUCCCCGGGGCCCCUGGCCCUCCUCUGCUCCCACAUCCAGGGCGCCUUCACCACCACCCCAACCCCAGCCCCAGCCUCCGCCACCACCGGCCAGACGACUUAGCUAUGCCACCACUGUCAGUAUCCAGGUUGGAGGUGGGGGGCGGCUGCGGCCUGCCAAGGCCCAAGUUAGGCUGAACCACCCUGCUCUCUUGGCCCCUACCCAAGAACCUGUGGGCCUUCGCAGGGCCCAGGGGGCUCCUGAUACCCCUUUCCACAUGUGAGCCAGGACGUUGGGCUUCCCCAAAACAAGGACUUCAGCCAGGUGCCACACACUUUCAGAACACACGGUC